CUCAGUUAGUCGAAGGAGAAAGUACAUUGUUCGGUUUUUACUGGGCGUUGUGGCUGUGUCUGUACAAAUAAUAUAAUCAUUGUAAUAUAUAUAUAUUAAUCUUGACAACGAACGCAGACGUGUUCUAGCGUCUCGCCGAAGGACAUUUGUGAUUUUAAUUCAUGACAAUGCCGAGCACCAAGCCUGAGAAACAAGAAAAGGUGGAGACCAGUGACACCGUUAAGGUAGUGGUGAGAUGUCGACCAAUGAACCAGAAGGAGAAAGGCAUGGGGUACAAGCAGGCAGUCUCUGUGGAUGAGAUCAGAGGGACAAUCACUGUUAAUAAAAUCGAUUCCACCAAUGAGCCGCCGAAAACUUUCACAUUUGAUACAGUGUUUGGACAAGACAGCAAGCAGCUGGAUGUGUACAAUUUAACAGCAAGACCGAUUAUAGAUUCUGUUUUAGAAGGAUAUAAUGGUACAAUUUUUGCUUAUGGGCAGACAGGAACUGGGAAGACCUUUACCAUGGAAGGUGUGCGAGCCGUGCCUGAACUUAGAGGAAUCAUUCCAAAUUCAUUUGCUCACGUGUUUGGCCACAUUGCAAAAGCAGAAGGGGAUACCAGGUUCCUGGUCAGAGUGUCCUAUUUGGAAAUUUAUAAUGAAGAAGUUCGCGACCUGCUAGGAAAAGAUCAGAUGCAAAGGUUGGAGGUUAAGGAAAGGCCUGAUGUUGGAGUAUACAUCAAGGAUCUCUCUGGGUAUGUGGUGAACAAUGCAGAUGACAUGGACCGGAUCAUGACAUUAGGACAUAAAAAUCGUUCUGUUGGAGCCACGAAUAUGAAUGAGCACAGCUCCCGUUCCCAUGCUAUUUUCACAAUCACUAUUGAAUGCAGUGAGAAAGGGGUUGACGGAAACCAGCAUGUGCGUAUGGGCAAACUGCACCUUGUGGACCUGGCUGGUUCAGAGAGACAAGGAAAGACCGGAUCAACUGGACAGCGACUAAAGGAGGCCACAAAAAUUAAUCUUUCUCUGUCUACCUUGGGCAACGUCAUCUCUGCUUUGGUAGAUGGGAAGAGCACCCAUGUCCCCUAUAGGAAUUCAAAACUGACCCGCCUGCUGCAGGAUUCAUUGGGAGGAAACUCAAAGACCAUGAUGUGUGCAAACAUUGGACCGGCAGACUACAACUAUGAUGAAACCAUCAGUACACUUAGAUAUGCAAACCGUGCAAAGAAUAUUAAGAACAAGGCCAGAAUUAAUGAGGACCCCAAAGAUGCUAUGCUGCGCCAGUUUCAGAAGGAAAUCGAAGACCUCAAGAAAAAACUGAAAGAAGGGGAAGAGAUUUCUGGUUCAGACGACAGUGGAUCUGAAGACGAUGAAGAUGACGAAGGAGAAGUUGGAGAAGGCGGAGAGAAGAGAAGGAAGCGCAGGGGCAGUAGCAGCAGUAGCUCAGACUCCACAUGCUCUGUAAUAGAGAAACCUCUGGAUAAAUCCCAUACUAAUCAAACAGGUAAAAAGAAGGUCUCCCCUGACAAAAUGGUGGAGAUGCAGGCCAAGAUUGAAGAGGAACGAAAGGCUCUUGAAGCUAAACUUGACAUGGAGGAAGAAGAGAGGAACAAGGCCAGAGCUGAGCUGGAGAAGAGGGAGAAAGAUUUGCUUAAAGCUCAACAGGAGCAUCAGCUUCUGUUGGAGAAGCUGUCUGCCCUGGAGAAGAAGGUGAUUGUAGGGGGAGUGGAUCUGCUGGCCAAAGCUGAGGAGCAGGAGAAGCUUCUUGAAGAGUCCAACAACGAACUUGAUGAGAGAAAAAAAAAGGCUGAGCAAUUGCGCAGGGAGCUGGAAGAGAAAGAGCAAGAGCGCCUGGAUAUUGAAGAGAAAUACACCAGUUUACAAGAAGAGGCUCAAGGAAAGACCAAGAAGCUUAAGAAAGUGUGGACCAUGCUAAUGGCAGCGAAAUCUGAGAUGGCUGACCUGCAGCAGGAGCAUCAGAGGGAAAUCGAAGGGCUGCUCGAGAAUAUCAGGCAGCUCAGCCGAGAGCUUCGACUCCAGAUGUUGAUUAUUGACAACUUUAUACCACAGGAAUACCAGGAGAUGAUUGAAAACUAUGUGCACUGGAAUGAAGACAUUGGAGAGUGGCAGCUGAAAUGUGUUGCGUACACUGGAAAUAACAUGAGAAAACAAAGUCCUUUACCUGAUAACACAGAAAAAGAUCCGUUCGAGGUUGACCUGUCCCAUGUUUACUUGGCCUACACUGAGGAAAGUCUGAGGCAGUCCCUGAUGAGAUUAGAGAGACCAAGAACUUCCAAAGGGGGGAAAUCAAGGCCUAAAAGUGGCAGAAGAAAACGUUCUUCAAAAGCAGAAGCAGUAAUUGAUUCCCUUCUUCAAUAAUAAAAAAAUGACUUCUUAUAAUUCAAAGGAAGACUGACUUGAAGAAAACACUAGAUAAAAUUAGAUAAGUAUUAAGAUUUUUAUGGUUGGACUUUCUGAAAUAUUAAGGCACAUCUUAAGCAGGAUCACAUUCUUAAAAAAAGAAAUGUAGUAACAUUUAAAGCAUAAACUAACAUCUUAAUAGUCUUUAACAAAUCUGUUAGUGUUGCAUGACCAUACAAUGUAACAUUAGUUGGAACUUCUGGAAGUGUGUUAAUAUGUCAAUGUUCCACAUAGGAUAACUGUGCAGCUCUUACUAUUUUUUAUUUGUAAAAUUCUGUCUUGUGAUGAUGAAAUGCAAAUGAUACAGGUCACAUGUUUUGGAUUGUUGACUAGAAACGUACAGUGGUUAAUGACAGCUGAAGUUCAUUGUGAAGACAUUCACCUGGAAAAGACUGAGAGUAUUAAAGUACUUUUGAAUGCAAGUAAACACAUCUGCUGUGUAAUAAAUGCUAAAUUAAUUGUUUGGACCAUCUGUAAUAUUGUUGUUAGCAACAGAAUUGCUUGAAUAUGUACGUAUUGCACCUUAUUUUUAUGCCAGCAUACUAGCAGGACAAGAUUCAGUGAAACAUCACCAUAUGCGGAUUGGAUGAACAACACCGGCUUGUAAAAAAUAAAAAUAAAAAUCCACAGAUUCAACACUUUUUAAUAUCUGUCUAUAUGCAAAAUAUGACACUUGUAUUACAUUAAUCUGUAAUCUGUUUUUGGACCAUACAGGUUUUCUGACUUGUAACCAGGCAUACAGUGGUUAGCUUCUAUAAUGUUGCAUUACCUAAUGCUGCAGAUGCAUGCACUUUAAUUUAAUUCCAAGCAUGAAGCAUGCAUUGUGGUGAUUUAAAUGUUUCACUGCAGAAAUGUUCUGCACUGUUGGCAUUUACCAAGACCCUUGCAAAUAAUACUUCAACGCUGCUUACACUCAAGUGAGUUUGCAUAAUUGCAUCACUUUAGUGUUAUAUUUUGAUUUAAUGCAUAUCCGGAUAACUACUAGUCUAUUGCAGAGGACGCAAAAUAUGUAUUUAGUUAGUACUGUAGCAUUCUCUAAGGACACAGAAUAUGUAUUUAGUUAAUAUUGUAGCGCUCUUUUUUUCUUUUGGUAUGUGUGGUAACUACAUUGACUGAACUGAUCAACAUGUUCAUUUCCAGUCUGCCCCCAGUGGUACCCAAAGAAGUGCACAUAGCUGGUGAAUUACAAAACUGUACUUUAACAACAUGCAUUGGAAGUUUUGUUUUGGCACAUAAUAGUUACCAAACAAACAAAGCCAAGGGGCUUCAAGGGGAAAUCAUUUUAUUAAUGAUCACAAAUAAAUUAUAUUAUAAUAAGUUUUUUCUGUAAGUAGUACUUUUUUUUUUUUUUUUAUACCUGCACAGAAAUUGUAUUGAUUAUUAGCAUUAGGAUUUCCAGUUGCUGACGAUAAAGCAGUAGCAGGGCCAGUGCUUUUGGAGAAUUCCAGAUUAGCAAGGCUGAGGUUAGUUUUUAACAAUACAGGAAUGCAGUAAAUAAAAAGGAAAAAUGCUUGUGUCAACAGUAGUGACCUUAUUCUCUAUAUACACCUGGGAGUAAGUCAUGCAUUCUGUGGUACAAUAUAUGUGUAUAUAUUCAGCAAGUCUUGAAGAAAUAAACUACCACAUGCUUAUCA